UUUAGUUUUACCGGUCAAGAUUAGCGAAAGAAUCCAAAUCAACGGUUAAGAUUACCUGAUAUUAAUGAACGGACAGACAGGAUGAGCGAACCUCAUUGAAAGACGCUUCCAGAUAGAUAGUUCUCCGCCAAACCCUAGAGAGAUACACAACAUGGCUUUCUUAAGUAAAGUUGGAAGGAUAUUUAGGCAGACUAGCAAUUAUGUCACUGUCUCUAACUCGAUUCUACAGAGCAUCUCUUCUUCAAAAAUCUUUGUUGGAGGUAUCUCCUACAGCACUGAUGAGUUUGGCUUGAGAGAAGCUUUUAGCAAAUAUGGACAAGUUGUUAAUGCCAAAAUUAUUGUGGACCGUGAAACUGGUAGAUCGAGGGGUUUUGCUUUCGUGACAUUUACUUCUAACCAGGAGGCUACUAAUGCCAUGCAGUUGGAUAGACAGCACCUUCAUGGUCGAAGAAUUAGGGUGAACUUCGCUACUGAAAGAGGAAGUGGAUUUGGAGGAAGGGGGUUCGGUGGUCCAAGUGGUGGUGCUGUUUUUUAUGAUGAUCCUCUACCUUGUGGUUACAGAGAAGAAUUUUCUGUUUUGUGCCAUUGACAAUCUGGCAGUUUGGUGGUUCAGAGAACGAGAGCUUAAUCCCUCCAUAAUGUUGCAGUUUCAGAAUAAACAUAUGAAAGUUUCUUAAUUUUUAUGGUUUUAACGUUUGGGGUUUGUUUAUCAUCUAGAAUUCUACCUCUAUUAUCGCAUGUGAUUACGCUAAAGACGGUUAGUUUCUCAGCGAAAUAUCAAGAUUCCGCCCCGUGACUCUGAUCAUGAUAUUUGGGGUUUGUUUAUCAUCUUCAUAAAUAAAUAAAUAAAAAUUGUAAUA